AGUCAACAAUGGGACUAUUUUUUGAUGAAAAAGACUUCACAUGCAGGAAGGAACCGUUGUGUAAACUGUUUUAUCUGGAUGAAGUAACUGCAUCUCCGCCCUUGAUCACACCCACCAUGCUUCUAGCCCAAGAAACAAGUUGUCACCCAGACCGAAAAAGUCUCAGUCAAGGAGGGUCAGCUCAGCCUAUAAAACAUCUUGAUCUAAAUAAUCAACAACCGCGUGGGAAGUAGUAGACCUACUGCAAAUAAUAUUUUUAACACGUGAUGAUUGUGAGGAGCCAUUGACAGGGUAAGUUUUAUUGAUUAUGUAGACCGUGUUGCUAAUUUACAUUGAUGUUUUUUUCGUCUUAUAUUUUCUCAUGUUUGACUAACAGGAUGGAGUCCAUGGAAAAAUUUACCUAUGUCCCUUCACUGGCUAUCCACGGGCUCUCCAUGGACACAGGUGGAGCGCACUACAGGGAUGCGCUUCGCCUACGACUGCCCUUCCACCUGGACGCUGCAUACGUCGAUACGGUGCACGGCCAGAGGAUACCCUGCAGACAGUUUUCAUAUUUCCCUUUUCAUGGACCUCUGGGUGUUUGUGAGUACUCCUUUGAGCCCGCGUUCAUCCGAAAAAGGAACGAAAGAGAGCGGCACCGAGUGCGCUGCGUAAACGAAGGUUACGCGCGGCUCAGGGAGCAUCUGCCGCAGGAGUUUGAGGACAAACGGCUUAGCAAAGUGGAGACUUUGAGAGCGGCUAUUGACUACAUCAAACACCUGCAGAGUCUGCUGGACGUGAACGUGUCCAGGAUAGAGAUGACGCUCGGUGACACGCGUCAUUGCGCGCAGCAGCCGCAGACUAGGGAGCGUAGCAGUGACUGAAAAAUCCAAAACUGACCUCAGGAAUAGUAG